GUCAGACUUGAUCGAAAAUGAUAGAAGGAGACAGCAGAGUUCGAUCAAGACGUCCGUGGGUAUUCCAUGUCGUCAUUGCAGUCGUCAUGGUGACAACGGGAAGUCUGAACACGUUGGCAAUGAAAUGGGCAGAUUUGACGAGUGCACCUGGUCAGAAAGGUGUGUACGAAGAACAUCUCUGCGAUAAUCUUUUCGACAAAGUUCCAUGUCCUGACGAUGAUCGUUCAGCCAAUAAAUCACACAAUCAUAAAUUCGAUCAUCCGUUUGUUCAGUCUCUUUGUAUGUUUUUUGGUGAGAUGACUUGCUUUCUUGCUUACAAGGUGAUUGUAACCUGGAAGCGAUCUCAAGGCAAACGACCAGUGAAAGCAAAGCCAUUCAAUCCUCUCAUCUUUUUGUUUCCUGCAUGUUGUGAUAUGACUGGCACGUCUAUAAUGAAUGUUGGUCUCACUAUGACGUAUGCGUCUAGUUUCCAGAUGCUUCGUGGUGCUGUUAUGAUCUUUACGGGGCUUCUGUCUGUUGCAUUUCUUCGUGACCGUUUACGUGGACGUCAGUGGUUUGGGAUGAUGUUUGUUGUCGUCGGAUUACUGGUGAUCGGUGUGGGCGAUGCAUUGUAUGGAGGCGACAAUGGACUUGACAAGACGUCUCAGUUGACUGGAGAUUUACUCAUCGUGAUGGCUCAGAUCAUCAUUGCUGUACAAAUGACGUAUGAACAAAAGUUUAUUGUCAAGUAUGACGUGCCACCACUUCAGGCUGUCGGUUGGGAAGGCAUCUGGGGUUUAACUGUACUCGGAUUGCUGCAGUUUGCAUUUUACUUCAUCCCAGCAUCUUUCUCAUCUAUUCGUCCUGAACGUCUGGAAAACGUUAUUGACGCUGCCUAUCAGAUAGGAAACAGUCGUAAUCUUGUUUUGGCCACAAUUGGUCUCGUACUCAGCAUAUCGUUCUUUAACUUUACUGGUGUGACUGUCACCAAAGAGAUGAAUGCGACUACUCGUAUGGUUUUGGAUAGUGUGAGAACUCUCUUUAUUUGGGUUGUGAGUCUUAGCAUUCCAUGGGAAAGCUUUCAACCUCUUCAGCCUGUUGGUUAUGUAUUACUUGUAUGCGGCACAUUUAUCUACUAUAAUCUGGUGUUUGGACCUCUUUGGAAGAAGAUCAAGGGACGUGGAACAAAUCACGAGAAGGAACCACUCUUGUUUGAUAAAGCCUCAGGACAGCAUUCAGGAAUAGGAGUGAAUUAGUUGUGAUGCUCCUGGCAUGUGCAGUGACAGAAUGUUUCUGUGCUGUUAGUUGUUGCAAUUGUUGUUUUAGAUAUUUUUCGUGUUUAGCUAGUGCUAAAAUGGAGUUGACAUUGAAACAACUCACUUCGAUUAACUGCAAGUAUUUUAGUUGUUAACAUUACUGUAGUCGUCUUAUUUUUGUAAUUGCAUGACAUUGUGACAAUCAGUUUAAGACGUCUUUGUAACGUG